AUGAAGAUCACUGAUAAGUUGCACAGCUACCAUGAGUUGUCCGGGAAACCGACCUUCUCCUUCGAGUACUUCGUCCCCAAGACCGAGCAAGGUGUGCAGAACCUGUACGACCGGAUGGAUAGGAUGUACGAGGCGUCGCUGCCUCAAUUCGUAGAUAUCACUUGGAACGCAGGCGGGGGGAGCAACAGCACCAACAGGGGGAUCACGCAGCAGUCGACGGACCUUGUCGCUACAGCACAGUCUGUGCUCGGGUUGGAGACAUGCAUGCAUCUCACGUGUACCAAUAUGCCCGUGCAGCAGAUCGACAACGCUCUCGAGAGUGCUUUCCAGUCUGGGUGUCAGAAUUUAUUGGCCCUGAGGGGGGAUCCUCCCAGGGGCCCCCUCGGUGGUGGUGACGGUGACGAGUGGCAGCCCGUUGAAGGUGGGUUCCGGCACGCGAGUGACCUGGUCAGGUACAUCAGAGCGAAAUACGGGGAUCAUUUCAAUAUCGGGGUCGCUGGGUACCCUGAGGGACACCCGGAGGAGAAGAACCCAGAGAACAAUCUGUUGUACUUGAGGGAGAAAGUGGACGCCGGUGCGGAUUUCAUCAUCACUCAGAUGUUCUACGACGCGGGGAGGUUUGUCGAAUGGUGUCGUCAAGUGAGACAGGCCGGGGUCGAAGUGCCCAUCAUCCCGGGGAUUAUGCCAAUCACCACGUUCGCUGCGUUUCUGAGGAGAGCCUCGUGGGGGUCGGUCCAUAUCCCACAGAGGUUUCUGGACGUGUUGACCCCAAUUAAAGAUGAUGACGAGCUGGUCAGAGAGAUGGGGACUGCUCUGGUGGUCCAGAUGUGCCAGACAGUGUUGGACUCAGGGUACGUCAACCAUUUGCACAUCUACACCAUGAACUUGGAAAAGGCUCCCCUUAUGAUCCUGGAGAGACUUCGCUUGCUACCCACAGACGCAGAACUCGUCGGCACUGGCGCCUCCCUGUUGCCUUGGAGGAAAUCCCUUAACCCAAACAGAAGACGCGAGGAGGUAAGACCCAUUUUCUGGAAGAAGAGACCUUACUCGUACGUCGCUAGGACUUCACAGUGGGCAGAGGAUGAGUUCCCAAACGGCCGGUUCGGGGACUCUUCCUCCCCUGCGUUCGGUGACUUGGAUCUCUGCGGGUCAUCCCUCAUCAGACAGUCCCGUAAACGUGCCCUCGAAUUGUGGUCCACCCCCAGGACACUCAACGACUUGGGGCAACUUGUCAACAACUACCUGACGGGGAAGAUCGUCUGUUUACCUUGGUCAGACACUCCACUGGACCACGAAGUGGACACAAUGUUGACCCGCUUGCUCCACCUCAACAGCAACGGGAUCUUCACCAUCAACUCGCAACCACAGAUCAACGGCGUCAGAUCAAACGAUAAGAUCCACGGGUGGGGGCCCCGCGACGGGUACGUCUACCAGAAACAGUACCUCGAGUUUUUGCUCCCAAGGGGGAAACUGGCCUCCUUGCAGAGUAGACUCCAGGGGAACGAGAUCAUGACGUACUUCGCCAUCGACAGGAGAGACGACCUCGUCAGUAACCACCCGGACGGGUCCCGCGCCAACGCGGUCACUUGGGGGAUCUUCCCAGGUAGAGAGGUCCUUCAACCGACCAUCGUCGAACGGGUCUCCUUCCUCGCUUGGAAGGAGGAAUUCUACAGGAUCCUUGAAGAAUGGAAACUGCUUCUAAAGGAGAACAACGAAAACGAAAGCGCCUCAUUGAUCGACACGAUCAUCAACGAGUACUACCUCAUCAACAUCGUCGACAACGACUACAUCUCCCAGGAGGACAACAUCUACAACCUCUUGACGACUUUGUAG